CUACAAUGUAGAAGUGUAUUGUGAGUAGGACGUUGUGUGGAGCGUAACAUUUCAUGCCCUAAAUCAUGAGAUAUGUCUUUAUACCUUUAAUUUUUAUAUUCUAAUAUUCGUCCUUCAUUUUAAAUUAUAUUUUUUCUUUUUUAAUUCUAAUUUGCUUCGUUUUUGGGCUUGGCCUUUUGAAGCUUCGUUUUUGUCCUGUUAAAAUAAUUUUUUAUUUGUUUGUUUGGAAGUGUUUUAAAAAAUGACUUCGCCUGUUUCUCACGCUGUUAGUUCUUCUAGUAAAAGAAGAAGUACUGGAAACCAGCUUUCUGUCGAAGAUAAUGCUCUGGACGUCAUCUCAAAAGAGGCAGACACGAGGGAUGAAAAGUCCAGUGCAGUGCUGGCUGAAGCCAGAAAGUUAAGACUGGAUGAAAGAGAGAAACACAAGAAGGAGAAUGAAGAUGUCGAUGAAGAUGAUGAUGAGGAGAGUACUGAAAAUAGCAAACAGUCUGCUGAUAAUACUGCAAAUAUUGAGAAUAUUCCUGCUUCUAAAGUGCCUACAACAGCAACAACAACAACGUCGACGACAUCCACAACAAGCCAGCCAAUCACAAGAAUGCAUUCAACUACAGAUAGUCGGCCAGUCCUUGAGCACUCAUCCAGCAGACAACAGGACACAACUGGCUCUGCUGAUCUGAUGGAAAAGUACAAGAAAGUUUUACUCUCGAAUGCCCAGUUGGACAACGAGAAGCGAGCCUUGAAGUACGAAGUAGAUCUCCUCAAAGAUAGAAUGUGUGAUGUCGAGGAGAGUAACCUGGAAACUAAAAGGAGUCUUCGUAUCUCUAAUAAGGAGAAAGAUGCGUUAUUAGAUCAAUUGAGGGCUUUGGAAUCAAAAUGCCAGAAGCUGACUGUAGAUUUGAUACAGAGGGAUCACCUAAUCAAGACGAGUGGUCUGGCUCUUGUCACUACAGACAACACCUAUACUGCACCCGAAGACUCCGAAUAUACGAGUGGUAGCAACAUGUCGUCUGCAAUUCUCACUGCUGAACAUCUGGAAAUACUGGCCGACUAUACUGGCUCAUUAGGUGAUCGAUUGAAAAAGUUAUUUGAUGAAAGAAACGAGAUUUUAGAGGAGAAGGAAAAAAUUUCCAAAGAAUUGUCAGAGCUGAAAUCAAACAGCAGUAAUCUGCUACAGCAACAACAGACCAGCUCGUUUUCAACCAUAGCUUCACCUGUUUUUGAUGGCAUUGUAUUUGAUGACGCCCAUAAGAACUUCACCGAGAUUAAGUUAAAGUUGAAGAAAGCUGAACAAGAGAUAACCACACUUCAGGGAAAUGUGACUAGGUUGGAAACCCAGCUCACUCGAUAUAAAUCCUUGUCUGAGAAUCUUGAGAAAUCGGAGGAAGAGUUGAAAGUAGAAAAGAGGAAACUCCAGCUGGAGGCCAGAAUGUUGACGAGUAAAUUAGAAGAGCUAGAAUCUAAAAAUAACUCGCUUACCAAAAGACUUGAAAAAUUAAAAAACAAAAAUUUAACUGAAAAUAAUUAAUGCUGUGAGAGUGAAUGAAUGAACGGAUAGAUCGAUAAGUGAAUGGAUGAGCGAAUAGAUGAAUGAAUUAAUGACUAAAUGAAUGUAUGUAUGAAUGAUCGUCUGAUUUGCUGAGCGUGACCGAGUUAUUAACUCGUUGUCUGAUCAAUUAAUUGAUAUGAUUUGAUAUAAUAUUUAAUAGCUAAUUAUUAUCAAUUUUAUUAUUAUUUAAAUAAUUUCUUCGUCCAAACAUUAUUUUUUGUUGUUUAGUUCAUUAUUACUUUUGUAUCCUUAUCACUGUCCUCUGAUUUUUAUUUUGGCUGUUUCAAUUUUUUAAUGAUCGAUUCAAAUUGUAAUUAAACGACGUUUUCUCUCGCUCUCUUACUCUUUCUCUCUCUCUUUCUCUCUCUCUCUCUCCUUCUUUCUUAAGAUACCCAUCAUUCCAGAUAAACACAUUCACAAUAGUUGUAUUAAAAAAAGUGUUUGUGUGUGGUGAUUUAUUAUUUUAUAUCUCUUUGAAUAUAGCAGUAUGUAUGUAGGGCAUAAUUCAAUAUAAUUACUUUAUCAUUAUUAUCAUUGUUAUAAUAAUUAUUAUAUAAUAAUAAUUAUUAUUAUUAUUACACGCAGAAAUGUUUUUUAUGAUUUCACUUAAUUACUGUUUGGUCUAAUUGUAGUAAAAAUUAUGUUAC